AUGAAGGUAUCGCUAUCCCAUUGUGUUGCAGCUCUUCUGGAAAGAUUUAAGAAGCUGCAUAUAUACAUCAAUGCAUAUAACUAUGUUGUCGCAGGAGACACAGCGGCAACCUCAGUGCCAAAGCGAGGUCCCGGUCGGCCAAGAAAGGAUGGGCAUGCAAAUGCACGUAGUAGUGGACAUCUGCACCCUAACGGCGAGAUGGAUGAACGUCAGCAAACACGUCGUUCAUAUGCCCGAGCACAAACAUCCAGAAGGAAGCAUGAUACACCGAAAAAGGUGGAACCACGUCAGUGUAUCGAGCCAGAUUGUGUGAAACAGGCACGAGAUAAUAGCAAAUACUGCAGUGAUGAAUGCGGGAUAAAGUUGGCUAAGCGUAGACUUCUUACGUUAAUGCCAAAGAAGGUUGAAGAAUAUUACGGAGUACAACCAGAAUCAGAGCUUCAAACUCUUGAAGAAUUACGUGCAGUCGACCAAAAGAUCGGUCAGAUUCAAAAGCAGACAGACACUAUGCUGGGAUAUAUACGAAUCAUCCAAAGAUAUGUGACGGCUAUGAAGUCGACCACGUCAGUAAGUUAUGAUGAACCUGGUGAUGUGGAUUUUGUAAGUUUUUGA